CCAGCUGUCAUCAUGACAUGACAUAUGUGUCAAUGAUCAGAGGCGGUCUUGUUUGUCUCUUCGUCGGUGAAUUUGAUUAUGAUAAUAAUAAUGUUGACGAUGAUUUCGUAGAAUUGCUUCAAUCGCUCCAUCUGGCUCCACCGCUACCGCUUGAACUGUAUCAACUCGCUCGUACACUACUAGCCCGUGAAUAAUAUUGAGACAAACGAACGAAGAAGAGGUAGGAAAAAAGAGAAGUGCACGAGAGAUUUAUUGCAUCACAUUGGUGAAGAAGUGUGAGAGUGGUUGUAAAAGAGAGGAUCAUCGAAAUUACAGCAAUGACAACCGCAAAGGAAGAGCUUGAACUGCUGGAACGUGUUUUCAUGAGAAUCGGUUCAACGGAAGAUGAUGCGCAACUGGAGAGAGAGCUGGGCAAGUUUCUGCCACCUGUUCUACUGAAGCUCUCUUCGGAGAAGGAUGGCGUUCGAAAGAAGGUCAUGGAGCUGCUGGUGCACGUGAACAGGCGGUUGAAGAGUAGGCCUUUAGUUCGACUGCCGUUCGAUGCGUUGCUCGCCCAAUAUCAGGAUCCGAUGGCAACAUCUUUCGUGAUCAAUUUCACGAUAAUCUAUCUGAAAUUGGGUUUCCCGCGGUUGACCAUCGAGGAACAGGUGGCUCUAGUGCCGGGCGUGCUGAUGUCGAUGGAGGGAAAACCCGAGACGCACCAGGAUGGGCUGAUGAUGCUGCUGGUGCCGUUGCUCGGGGAAGUCACUGUGCCGAUGGACGCGGCAAAGAGGAAGGCUUUUCUAGGUGUCAACAGUAAUUCGAAGAUUUUGCAGCAUUUUCUGACGCUCCUCCUCGACAUGCUCCUGCUGCCAUACGGGGUGUCGCCUGCUGAGGUGAAGGAACCGAACGGAGCGGAUUUCGCGUCUCCACCUGGAAUGAGCGUCGAUAGUUUCAGACGAGUGACGAACGGCUUCAAAUCGUUGAAGGCUGAGGAUCUGGAGAAGAUGAAGUUGGGUAUCGUCAAGUUCCUUUCGAGCGGAAUCUUCGAACCUGAGAGAAUUCUCAUCCAUAUGAUAGUUGGUGCUGCGGAUACUCGCUUCAGCGUCGCCAAUAUUGCAGACUCUGAGCUGAAGAGGAUCGUCGGGCUAAUUAAUUGGAACAACAAGAAUCUUUCUGGGAACCUGUACAUGCUGUUCCUAGGCACUUUCAAUCCGAUCAACGUGCCGCCGAACAGAAGGAAGACGGAGGCGAGCACCAGGAUCCGACUGAAGCUCCUCACCUACCUGGGCCGUUUCCAAGGUAAGGGAAUCGCUCUGCAGCUGGCCACGCGUGUCAUCCUCGACGCUCUGUUCGGCACGAACACGAACGCUCGUCUGAAGACGUUGGCGCUGAGUUUUGCCAUAACGAUCGUUCGGACGUGCGACAUCGACGACGUGCAGAAAUCGGCCGUCUGGUUGAAGUCGGUGCCGACGAAACUGAUCACCGAAGGCGAUAAGCAGCUUCUCGCCCAGUCCUUCGCCAUACUCGGUCUGCUGUGUCAGCGAUGCCCGGAGUCGUUUCGCAACGAUUUCCACGUGCUCAUGCUCAUUUUCGAGAAGUUGAGCGACGCCGACGCCGAUGCCAAUCUGAAGCUGCAGGUGAAGGAGGGCGCCCUCAACAUCGUGACCUCGAUGAGUCCGAGCACCUUCGAUCAGACGGACACACCGUUCGUGCUGCUCAAGACGUACGUGCAGUCCGCCGAGUCGAUGGUGCGUUACGUGGCCGUCAGAUGCCUCGCCUCGAUCUUUCCCGCAGAUCACGUGCCAUCCAGGCUGCAGCUUCUUCUCGCCACCGGAGACGCGAAGGACGACGUCUGCACCGAAGUGUAUCGAUCUCUGUAUGGGAACGGCGGCGGCGCCGACGACGGUGGCCUGAGGGGGCGCAACAGGGCCGAGGUCGAACGAUCGCUGCGAGGUUGGAGCGAGGCGGAUCGUCGUUCUCUGGUGGUGCCUGCAUUCAAGGAGAUGGUGCGCUACGUCUUCUCCGACGGUCAAGCGAUGCUUGAGCAGGGUCGUGCUCCUGCAGCGGUCUACGCAGAGACGCUCAUCUACAUGCGGUUCUGUCUGCUCAAGGAUCUGAUGGAGGUACCGAUUAGCUGCGGCGAGGUGUUGCGUCAUCCGUGCCCCACCACGCCGAUCAUCCGUGCUCACCUUCUGAGUAUCUACGAGCAGGAGUGCAAGACCGGCAACGGUGCACUUCAUCAGUACGCCGCGUUGGUACGACUCUUCAUGCUGAAGAUUGCAAAUACGGACACGCUGGGCUGCAUGAUCGAGCUGUUGGGUUGCGUUCCGCAGCUGCACGGCACUCUCUCCGCAGACCGCAAAUGGCUGAAGAACCUGAUGCUGACGAGCGGCAAGGAGGAGAUCCGCGAGUCCGCGGCCACGCUCUACGCCAUCCUGCUGCUCGGCAGUGAAGAAGAUGCGAGCGCAGUAUUGUCGUUCGAUGAGGAGGUAGAAAGCUUGCGCGAGCAGGCGCAGACGGGAAGGCAGCUGGAGGCGCAGAGCGGAGCCAUCUUCGCCGUCGGCUACUGCCUAGAAAGAAGGAUGCAAAAUGCGACGAAGAUGCAGGACGAAGCGUUAGUCCGUCUCCUGAUCGCAGCGCUCGAAACGUUCGUUCCGUUCUUGACCAACAACGUGAGCAACACCACUAGCGGCACCAUCACCCUGAACAAUGCCUGCUUGGCAAUCGGAUUGCUGGCCAAAGGCGGUCCGCUUCCAUUGAAAAACGACGACGAAAAGGAGGAUGUUACAGGAUCAUCGUCUUCCUCCUGCAGCAAAUUAACGUUGGUGAAGGCGCUUCUGGUGACGAUGAACAAUGCCAAGCUUGCGACCAAAUGCAGGGAGAGGGCGGCACGCACCCUGGGUCUGCUUGCAGUCGGCGAACGUAAUUUUCCGCACACCCGGCUCAUCAUCCAGGGCCUCCUGGACACGGUCAAAGAGACGAAAGACGUGGAGGUCCACUUUACGAUCGGCGAGUCGCUGGUGAUGUGCGUGCAGGGCGUCCGAUCGCCGGAGGCGCGGAACGCGUGGACGGUACUUCCUGCGGACCACGAACGCACGUCGAAUGUCCAGGGGGAUGUUCAGAUCGAGCUGGACGAGAUGCUCGAAUGGUUGCUCGGAGAGCUACUGAAUUUCGCGACCGGCACACACCCCAAUUCGAAGCAGUCAUCGAGCAUCUGGUUGCUCGCGCUGCUUCGCAAUUGCGUGGAUCGCGCACCUAUCGAAAGCAAAUUGCAGCAGCUGCAGCAGACGUUCAUGCAGCUCCUCGCCGAGAGUAACGAUGUGGUGCAGGACGUCGCCUCGAAAGGUCUCUGCCUCAUCUACGACCACUCCAAGUCCGAGGAUCUGCUGACCGCUCUGAUGGAUCAGCUGUCGGCGGGAAGGCGGCAGGUCGUGCAGGUGGAUGACAACACGAAGUUGUUCGAGGAAGGUCAACUUGGAAAGGCUCCAACCGGUGGUAACCUGUCCACGUACAAGGAGCUGUGCUCGCUCGCCUCCGACCUGAACAAACCGGAUAUGAUAUAUCAGUUCAUGCAGCUGGCCAAUCACAACGCGAUGUGGAAUUCGAAGAAGGGAGCCGCUUUCGGAUUCGCCAGCAUCGCCGAUCGCUGCGGCGAGCGACUGCAGAGCUACCUGCCCGGAAUCAUACCGAAAUUGUACAGAUACCAGUACGAUCCGUCGCCCAAUCUGCAGGCAUCGAUGCAGAACAUCUGGCGCACUCUGGUCUCUGAGCCGCAGAAGAUGCUGGACCUCUACCACAACGAGAUACUGGCAGAGCUGCUUGCGAACCUGACGUCACCGCAGUACAGGGUACGUCAGUCCUGCUGCCUGGCGUUGCAGGACUUUCUGAAGGGGGCCGGCAAUCGCAGCAUUCACGAUUCGGUGCACGCCAUGCACGAGCUGUGGUCAGGCCUGUUCCGAGUGAUGGACGAUCAUCACGAGCAGACGCGUCUCGCCGCUACAAGGACGGCGAGAGUUCUAAGCAAACUGUGCGUGCGAGGUGCAGAUUUGUCGCAAGGAAAGAACGGCGCGAAGAUGAUCGAGGCGAUAAUGCCGGUCCUUCUGUCCAGUGGUAUCACGAACAGCGUUCUCGAGAUACGCAUAGUCAGUUUGGAGACGACGUCCGAAUUGGUCGUUGCGGCCGGGGAGCAACUGAAACCGGUCCUGCCGCACCUAAUACCGGCCCUGCUGCUCGCCACCAGCGAACUAGAGUCGAGCCGCAUGUCGCAGCUGAGCGCGAUGCUCGGGGCGCAGAGUAACGCCCAGGAGGCCGUGGACACGUUGCGCGCCAGCAUGGCCAAAACUCAUGUGACCAUGGAAACGGUAACCAAGUGUUUGCGGUACGUGGACUGCUCGAUUCUGGAGGAGCUGGUGCCGAGGAUCGUCGAUCUGAUGAAGGGUAGCGUCGCGCUCGGCACGAAGGUCGUGUGCGCUCACUUCAUCACCCUGCUGACCGUGCAGACGGACGGUCAGAUACUGCAGCCGUACGCCGGACGAAUCCUCUCGACCCUCGUCAUGGGUCUGACCGAUCGUAACGCGCUCGUCCGAAAGAAUUACGCUUCGACGAUCGGUCACGUAGUGCGCGCCGCCAAAGACUCGAGCCUGCAGAAGCUCUUCGCCAAACUGAAGAUGUGGUACUUUGAGCGAGAGGAUGACGCGAUCCGUAACGCUUGCGCCCACACCAUACAAUCGGUGGGUGUGCACAAUCACGAGAUCUUCAAGGCGCACUCCGAGGUUCUGCUGCCUCUCGUAUUCUUCGCGAUGCACGCGGACCACGGCCAGUGUUGCUGGCAGGAGGUGUGGGACGAGCACGGACCCGGCACCGAAACGGCGAUACGACAGAACGUGGAAGCCAUCUGCGAGACUCUCACAGCCGCCCUCGACUCGCCGUCGUGGACGAUGAAGGCGCAAGCGGCGAACGCCAUCUCGACGGUCGCCGCGAAACUCGGAAAGAGCAUGGAGAAGCAGCACAUGAUCGCACUGAUGAACGUCCUCGUCGCCGGCCUCAAAGGACGCACCUGGUGCGGCAAGGAUAAACUGCUGAUGGCCGUCGCGACGAUCUGCAGCAAUUGCACCGAAGCGAUCAGAUCGGGGGAUGACGGUGGUUCCGAGUCCUCUGGCAUAGAUGUGAACGUCGUGGUCGACGCGGUUCUGAGGGAGGCGCGCAAAGAGGAGGUCGUUCACAAGAUCAAGGCACUGGAGGCGCUCGGAGAUGUGCUCGAAAGUCUGCAGGUGGACCGAUUCGAGGAGGUGUAUCGGAUCGCCGAGACGAUCAUGUCGGAGAGGGAAAGUGUAGGCAACGGCACCGAUGAGACGGGCGUCGGGUCGUCGUCGUCGGCGGCAAACGACGAGGAUGCGGCUGCCAGCAGGGAGAACAGGCUGAAGCUGCGCGAAGCGGUUUACGUGCUGCUCGGUAAAGCGUGGCCGAAAGGUGCCGCCGACACCCAGGACAAAUUCAGCGUAAUGUUUGCCGAACACUGCGCCACCUACCUGCCGCUCUCCACUCGAAACGUGCAGGUCUCCAUAGUCGCUUCGUUGCGCGACUACGCCGACAAACUGGUCAUCCUCGAACGCGACUCGCUCGACGCGGAGGAACGUCUCCGGCUGAACGCCAUCGUCGACAACAUGGUGACUGCGCUCGCCUACACUCUGACGAUCACCAAGUACACCAGACUCAAGAAGGAAACGCUGAACGUUCUGCAAGUGCUCGCCAAGAAGCUCAAAGAGAAAUUGCCUGAGAAUAGGAGGGAAUUCGAAAAAGUAACACAACUAUUUGCGGCGAACUUGGGCGAUCUCUCCCGAGACGGUCAACCCGAGAUCAAGUCCAGACUGACCGAUCUGAAGCUGCUCUUCAAGACCGAUUGAGGGAUACGAUGAAGGAUACGAUGUGUACGUGUCGUAUGAGAGGGUAUACUAAAAUUAAAUAAUAUUAAUAUUAAUCAAUGUGUAACAAGGGAGAUGUUUGUUAAGAGAUGUGCGAGUAUACACACACUUAGACAACCCCCAGUAAGCCUCGAUGUAUCGAUGUACAACAAUAUAUAUAUAUAUAUACAUAUAUUUAAAUAUUAAUGGGGACGUGGAUGUUCGUUCUUUUAUCUUUCUUUUGUAUUCUACAAUUUUACUAUUCAUGUACAACACACACCAUGUCGUAGCCAAUCUAAUCUCUUGUAAUAUCUGUGUUAGUAGCAUAGGCGAAUUCCAAACAUUACUUUUAUGUUUAUGAUUACGAUUGAUUGAUUGAUUCCCCCGUGUCUGGCUUAUAAAACGAAUGUAUUAUCGUAAAAUAAAUGUUUCCACCUCGUAUUCUUUCAAUUACA